AUGACUGCACGUCAGGUAAAUCGAAAUCUGCUAAAGUGUUCUAAAUGUGAGAAACAAGAGAAGAUUCUGGAUUCCCUAGUGUUGAACGAUGAAUUCUAUCGAUUACUACGGGCACUGGGAGCGAGAUGGAAGUAUAUUGAAGGAUUUGAACUAGCCAGAAAGAAACUUGAAAGCACGGAUGUUGGCGAUACGAGGUGGUGUAAGGUGGCGCCUAACUUGUUCACCACCAAACUGUUUCUCGGAUCUGAACACGACCUUUGUAAUUUUAACUCUCAAACUCAUGGCGG